UAGAAUAUAUCAUAGUGCUUUGUUUGCUAUCUUGUAUGGGUUGAAGUUGAAUUAUUACAACCGAUAAAAGUUAGUCAAAGAUCUUCCAAAAUGUCAGGAGGUCGUGCAGAACUGAUGAACUUUCUUGAAAAUGAAGGAAUUACCACAGAAACCAUUGAACACCCAGAAGUAUUCACAGUUGAAACAAUGAUGGAACAUUUGAAAGAUGUAAAUGGUGCAGUUGGUAAAAAUCUGUUCCUUAAAGAUAAGAAGAAGAAACUCUGGCUCUUGACAACCUUACACGACAGGGAAAUCGACCUGAAAGUUAUUGCAAAAAAGGUUGGAGCUCCAGGGGGGUUAAGAUUUGCAGAUGAGUCCAUUCUACAAGAGAAAUUAGGUGUAAGUCAAGGUUGUGUCACCCCCCUGGCUAUCUUCAAUGACCAUGCUGGAGAUGUUAAAGUGAUCUUAGAUUCCGGAUUUUUUAAUGGUAACCAUGAACGAUGUUUUUUCCAUCCGAUGGUAAAUUCUGCCUCCACCGGAUUAACACCAGACGACCUGAAGAAGUUUAUCAAAGCGACUGGACAUGAAGCAAUUUUAAUAGACUUUUAAGAAACUGAUUUUGUUUUGUUUUUUGUCAGUAGAAUGACAAAUGUAGUUAAAGACAUUGGUCAUCACCAAAGCAUCUUCAAGA